CGCUGCUGACCUGGAUCCUCGCAGCGCCCGCCGGCCGCCAGCGAUCCGCCCUCGUCUUCCGGGCUGCUUUCUGGAGCGCGAGGGCCGCUCUCCCCGCCGGACCCCCGGCCCCCGAUGGCUCGGAUGGGGCUUGCGGGCGCCGCUGGACGCUGGUGGGGACUCGCUCUCGGCUUGACCGCGUUCUUCCUCCCAGGUGCCCACACGCAGGUGGUGCAGGUGAACGACUCCAUGUAUGGCUUCAUCGGCACCGACGUGGUGCUGCACUGUAGCUUUGCCAACCCGCUGCCUAGCGUGAAGAUCACCCAGGUCACGUGGCAGAAGGCGACCAAUGGCUCCAAGCAGAACGUGGCCAUCUACAACCCGGCCAUGGGGGUGUCGGUGCUGGCUCCCUACCGCGAGCGCGUGGAGUUCCUGCGGCCCUCCUUCACGGAUGGCACCAUCCGCCUGUCCCGCCUGGAGCUGGAGGACGAGGGUGUCUACAUCUGCGAGUUUGCCACCUUCCCCACGGGCAAUCGCGAGAGCCAGCUCAAUCUCACCGUGAUGGCCAAGCCCACCAACUGGAUUGAGGGCACCCACGCAGUGCUCCGAGCCAGGAAGGGCCAGGACGACAAGGUCCUGGUGGCCACCUGCACCUCGGCCAACGGGAAGCCCCCCAGCGUGGUGUCCUGGGAGACGCGGCUAAAGGGCGAGGCAGAGUACCAGGAGAUCCGGAACCCCAACGGCACAGUGACGGUCAUCAGCCGGUACCGCCUGGUGCCCAGCAGGGAGGCCCACCGGCAGACCCUGGCCUGCAUCGUCAACUACCACAUGGACCGCUUCAAGGAGAGCCUCACCCUCAACGUGCAGUAUGAGCCCGAGGUGACCAUCGAGGGAUUUGAUGGCAACUGGUACCUGCAGCGGAUGGACGUGAAGCUCACGUGCAAAGCGGACGCCAACCCCCCCGCCACCGAGUACCACUGGACCACGAUGAACGGCUCCCUCCCCAAGGGCGUGGAGGCCCAGAACAGAACCCUUUUCUUCAGGGGUCCCAUCAGCUACAGCCUGGCUGGGACCUACGUCUGUGAGGCCACCAACCCCAUCGGCACUCGCUCUGGCCAGGUGGAGGUCAAUAUCACAGAAUUUCCCUACACCCCGUCUCCUCCCGAGCAUGGGCGACGCGCCGGGCCGGUGCCCACGGCCAUCAUUGGGGGCGUGGCGGGGAGCGUCCUGCUGGUGCUGAUUGUGGUCGGCGGCAUCGUGGUGGCCCUGCGCCGGCGCCGGCACACCUUCAAGGGCGACUACAGCACCAAGAAGCACGUGUACGGCAACGGCUACAGCAAGGCGGGCAUUCCCCAGCACCACCCGCCCAUGGCGCAGAACCUGCAGUACCCCGACGACUCGGACGACGACAAGAAGGCCGGCCCGCUGGGCGGGAGCAGCUACGAGGAGGAGGAGGAGGAGGAGGGCGGAGGGGGCGAGCGCAAGGUGGGCGGCCCCCACCCCAAAUACGACGAGGACGCCAAGCGGCCCUACUUCACGGUGGAUGAGGCCGAGGCCCGGCAGGACGGCUACGGGGACCGGACUCUGGGCUACCAGUACGACCCUGAGCAACUGGACUUGGCUGAGAACAUGGUGUCUCAGAACGACGGGUCUUUCAUUUCCAAGAAGGAGUGGUACGUGUAGCCCGCUUCCGGAGCAGCGUCUGUCUGCGCCCGCCCCUCCCCAACCCCGCCCCGCACGC